UAUAAAUUUAAAAUUCAAAAUGAAAAUUGCACAGCUGAAUGAAGAGAGCCAAACUCUUGUGUUAAGAGAGCAAUCGAACCCUAUUAAUCUUCAAAUUAGAGAACCUAAAUUUGAGGAGCAUAACUCCAAAGCCAAAACUUAUCUGACAAAAAUUGUAGAAGGAAAAGUUGUUACUAUCACUAUGGCUAUAUAGUGACGAUUUAUGCACUGAUUGGGGAUGAUCUAAGGCUCUGGACUAUGGAUAAAUGGGUAGAUAUUUACUUCUAUUCCGGUCUAAUGAUCUGCUUCAUACUUUUCACAGUUGAGAUAAUCUUGAAUUCAAUAGCUUUGGAUGAUUUCAAAUACUCAUUCUACUUUUGGCUAGAUAUCAUUGCAACUCUGAGUCUAAUUCCAGAUAUAAUUUGGCUAUCAGAGAUACUGAACUUCUUAAUAGGAAGUGGCUCCUAUUACGAUUCUGUGGAUGUAACUCCAGGAACGAUUAAGAAUGCAGGUCAGAGUAUCAUUGAUACUUCAAAGAUUGUGAAAUCCCUGAGACUUAUCAGAAUGAUACGUAUCAUCAAACUCUACAAAUAUGUCUCCAAGACCUCUGAGUUUAAAGGAUCUGAAGGUGGAGAAGGAGAUCAAGUUGAAGAAGCUGAUUUUAACAGAAAGACAGAUCUAAGCAAGCUUUGUCGGAUUUUAUCUGACAUGACUACAAGAAAAGUUAUCAUUAUUGGAGUCCUCCUCAUGCUCAUGCUUCCUUUGCUGACUUAUUCACAACUUGAUUACUCAGGAAAUUAUGGUUUGAGAGAGCUUUUCUGGUUUGGAAGAAGUAAUUGAGUAGACACUUCAAAAGAUUUCUAUUGUGAGCCUGGGCAAUCUUGGAUAACACAAGAUGGAUGGAAUCAGCUUACAAGACAGUUUGUCAGCCAUAAAGAUGAAAGUGAAAGCAGUGGGAUCGGAGUACUCUGGAUUUAUGCACCUGAUUACACUCAAAACGGAUUAAUGAAUGAAAUAAAAACAAUUCCCAGCGUUAAUACAAGCGGGAAUUAUUGGGAGGCAAACAAAGACUGUGGAGGGUUUGAAAUAGACCAUUCAAAUUGUGACCUAAGAAUAUCAGAGAUGGACAUUAUCUCUUAUAAACCUCAACUAUGUGAAGACCAAAUUGUCCAAGGCUGUGAACAGUUAGUUGCUUACAGUAGACUUAAUAUUAAAUAAGGCUUCUCAAGAGCAAGCUUCUCUGCAAUUCUUCACCACGAUCUUCACCUGAGUCUUUAUUAUGAUAGGUUCUAUCUCCUUCAAUAUUGACACUCAAAGGAUGGUGAAUAAGCCUAUCACAAAAAUAGUUGAGAUUAUCCGAAACUUUAAUAAACCAAAUCCGAUAGAUGACAAAGAAGAGGAAAGUUCCCAUAUGAAAACUAAAAUGAUCGAACUAGCUAUUUUUAAAAUCUCAAUCCUACUCAAAAGAGGUUUUGGCGAGCUUGGUGCAGAAACAAUAUCUGAGAACCUCAAGAUCGAAGAUGAAGACAAGAAACAAAUGCCCGGCAAAACCCAGUUUGCCAUUUUCCUCUCAGUCAAAAUCAGUGAAUUUGAUUACAUAACAGAUGUUUUACAGGAAGAAAUUAUAGUCUUCCUUAACAAAAUUGUAAGAAUUCUGCACGAAACGGUCAAAAAGUGGGAUGGAGUUGCGAACAAAAACUUCGGCGAUAAGUACUUAUAAUGACCUGGCUUCUUCCAGAAGACCAUUGGGAAUCAAUAACCCAAAUGAAGUAUAAAAUGAAACUAAAAUCCUGUCGAAUAGAGAAAGAAAUCAUAGAAGAACGCAAAGGUGAUGCCAGAAGUCAGAAACUCUCCGAAGAGAAUCCCUCAGUCACUGAGUCUGAAAGCGAGAAGAAGAAGAAGAAAAAGAAGAAGUCCAAAAAGGCCAGACGUGAAGAAGAAGAACGGAAGAAGAAAGAGGAAGAAGAUCGCAUCAGAAGAAUAGAAGAACUCAAACAGAAGCAGGAAGAGGAGGAACGUAUCGUGAUUGAUGAGGAGAUACAGCAGGUAGCGGAUAAGACACUUGUUACAGCUAUAAAGAUUAUUAGUGAGGUCAGGAGAGCAUCUGAUCUCAGCGCUUACGCAACCCAUCCGAAAUUAGGCUCGAAGUAUAACAAUUUUCGGACCAGACUUUCCUGAUCGAUGCAUGUCGGAUCUUUGAUAGAAGGAGUUAUAGGAUCAAACUUUAAGAUUGAUCAUUUGUAUCUCCCAUCUUCUCUUUCUAAGGUCUGAGAUAAGCUGCAUCAUCUUUCAGAAGAUCUCUAUAAGACUACUAUUAUUAUGAGUGAAGAUUUUAAGAAUUGCUUAUCACAAGCAACUCAAAAGAUUAGCUUCACUAGACCUGUGCCAGAGGGAGAGAUUGAGAGUGAACCUCAAAAAAUCGCCAUGAAAUCACUUAGAAGUAUUGAUAGAGUUAAAAUUCUUGACGAAGGGAAAGACACAGGAUACCCAAUAGAUCUUUAUUCGUUUGACAUCAACCCGAAUGAGAUUGAGAUCGAAAUUCCUGAAGAGCAUGAGCUUGGCGACAUUGUGGUCACCUCUGAAAUGGAGGAAUUUGUUGACCUAGAAAUGGUCAAGAAGUUUCCAAUCCAGAGCAUGUUUACCUCUGAUGAGGAUAUCUAUACUCUUCAAAUGCAUAGAGCAAAUAAUGACUUCUAUAUUGAGUUUGAAGCAGCAUUGGAAGCUUAUAUAGAAGGAGACUGGAACUAUGCUAUCAAUCAAAUUGAGAAAUGCCUUGAAAUAGACCCUGAAGAUGGGCCAUCUCAUCAAUUAAAGGACUUCAUGACAGAAGAUAAUAAGAUGGAAGUGCCUGAAGACUGGCUUGGUUAUAGACUGUUCCAACCUCCAAAUCUUAUGAGAGGCCCAUUUGGUGAUUCGGAAGAAGGAUCAUUACCAUCAGAAGAGAGUUCAAGUGAAGAAGAGCCUAACAAGUAUUAGGUCAUGAGGCAAGGAGUUUCCAGAAACUCCUUAAAGAAUAGGCUCAU